UACUGAAACCUCGCGAAAACAGCAGAAACACGUCUUCAACGGCUGAUCUGGGUCAGAAGAAUGGCAGCUCAGAAAAAUAAACACCUACUCCUGGAUAUCAAAGAGUUAGAGAAUAUUCUGGACACAUGUAAACUUGAUCUGAAUCCAGUCGACGAGGUCUGGCCGAACUUGUACAUCGGAAACGUGGCUAUUGCUCAAAACAGAAAUGCUUUGAUGAAAAUGGGUAUCACUCAUGUCUUAAAUGCUGCCCAUUCCAAGCAAGGCAGCAUUGGGGACCAGAGUUAUUAUGGCAAUACAAUUGUGUAUUAUGGCAUCCCAGCAGAAGACUCUUCAUCAUUUGAUCUGAGUGUGUACUUUAAACCGGCUGCUGAUUUCAUCCACAAAGCCUUGAGGAAGAAGAAUGGAAAAGUGCUUGUUCAUUGCAUCAUGGGAAUGAGUCGUUCUACCACUCUGGUUCUAGCAUACCUUAUGCUGCAUCAGCGUCUAACUCUCCACACUGCCAUCCAAACGGUUGUACUGCGACGAGCAGUCUAUCCUAACAGGAACUUUUUGAGCCUUCUCUUGGAUUUGGACAUACAGCUACAGAGAAAGCGAAUGCUGUGUCCUAUUCUCUGACAGAAAAACAUUUGUCAUUGACACACAAAUGCACAUGCAUUUAUUUUAUAUAACUAAAGGGUUAGGAGGUUUGUUUACAUU